AUGCUCGGAGUGAAUACUAUUCUUGUUGAGAGAAAUGAUUUCACGACCAAAUUUCCCAAGAUGGAUCUCACUCACGAACGGACGAUGGAGAUAUAUCGAAAAUUUGGCCUUGGCUCCCUUUUGAAAUCAAACGGGGAGCCUGUGACACACGGAUUUAACGAAAUUUAUGCGACAGGACUGGGCAGGGAUGGCCACCACAUGGCCCAGAUUGAGGGCCUUUCUCCAAAGCAUAAAGAGAAAGAAGAAAAUUACUUAAACGAUGGCUUAGUCCCACUUGAGUUGCCGUUGAGACUCUCCGCAAUAGUGUACGAGCGCGUCUUGAAGUCUGCUGUCGAACGACUACCGAAUGCAUAUGUAUGCUGGGGCCACAAGUUUGAAGCACUCGAAGAGACCAAAGACGGCGCCUACUCUACCAUUGUAGAUCCCACUGAUAAACGAAUUGUCAUCAAAUCUCGGCCACUUAAAAUGCUAUUGAUUCACUUUAUAUCGAAUGACGUCGCGAAGAUAUCGAAGCAUGGCGAGUUCUGGCACCUUUACAUAGGAAACGGAGCUGUCACCAUAAACCAAGACGGCAAAAACACCUUUACAAUGCAGGUUCCUGUUACCGCUGGUAAUGAUCUCAAGGAAGGCGAUAAUGUUGAGGAGUUUAUCAACAAGAAACUUUGGGGCUGGGGACAGCCCUCCGACAUCAAAAUAGACGAAACUCCUUUUGAUCGGCAAAUGGGAAAGUCCUAUCGUCUUACUCCUGCUGGUGGUCACGGUUUGAACUCAGGCAUCAAUGACGUCUUCAAUUUGACCUGGAAGCUUGCCGCAAACGUACAUGGUUGGGGAGGAGACAUUCUCUUGGACUCGUAUACCAAAGAGCGCAGGUCUGCCGCCGAGCUAAACAUAGACAUGGUUCGGAAAGCGAUGGUGGAAAUUGGGAUUCCUCGAUUCGACAGCAUUGACAAAGACGAACACGAAAGGCUCGUUGCCGACUCAGAAGAAGGACGUGAGGUGCGACACUUAAUGGCGGAAAAGCUCAUGCUUGGAGACUGGCUUCACAAGCAGCUGGGCAUCACGCUGGGCCAUCGGUACAGAGACACUCCGGUUAUCAUCAGUGACACGUCCUCUGCGGAGCCUCGUCGAUUUGUUGCUGAUUACAUUCCGAGCACCUGGCCUGGAGCUCGAGCACCACACGUUGUUCUAAAUGACGGACAGACGAGCAUUUUAGAUCUUUGUGGGCGGAGCCUCACUAUAGUUGACUUUACAACAUUGGGUGAACAAGCCGACAAAUUUUGUGAUGUUGCAGAGGAGUCGCAAAUUCCACUGAAAGGGCUUCAUCUUCCGGAUGAAACUCAAUGCAGGAUGGUCUUCCAGCUAUGGAGUGGCUGA